AUGGCCGCGGCACCGAGGUGGUGCCUCCAGCUCGCCGUGCGAGCGUCCCUGCUGGUGCUGCUCCUCGCCGCCGAUGCGCCGCCGCCGCAAGCAGGCGGUGCGGUCACCUUACACGCCGACGACCCUACCCAGGUGGUCGUGGACAAUGGCGUGGUGCAGGUGUCGCUGUACAGGCUGCAGGGCCAGAUCACCGGCGUCCGCUACGGCGGCGGCGGCGGCGGCCAGAACCUGCUCCAGUACGACGCCAGCCAGAGGAACUCGGGAGGGUACUGGGAUGUGGUCUGGAAUUACCCUGGCUCGAAUCGCCCAGGAACGAUGGAUAUGUUGGACGGCACAGAGUUCCAGGUUGUAUCCUCAACUGAGGAGCAAGUGGAGCUUUCUUUCAGGAGCUCAUACAACGCGUCACGUCCGAACAGCCUCCGGCUAAACGUCGACAAGAGGCUUGUGAUGCUGAGAGGCAGCUCCGGGUUCUACUGCUACGCCAUCUUUGAGCACGCCCCGGAGUACCCAGCUCUCAACGUCUCGGUGGCUCGCCUCGCCUUCAAGCUCAACGCCGCCAUGUUCAACUACAUGGCGAUCUCGGACGACAUCCAGAGGUACAUGCCGAGCGCGGCGGACAGGGACCCGCCCCGCGGCGUCCCGCUGGCGUACAAGGAGGCCGUCCUGCUCGUCGACCCCGUGGAGCCGGAGUUCAGAGGGGAGGUGGACGACAAGUACCAGUACGCGCUGGACAACCAGGAUAACUUGGUGCACGGAUGGAUCGGCGGCGGCGGCGGCGAUCCGGCGUCGGCGGCUGCGACGGGCUUCUGGGUCGUCACUCCCAGCAACGAGUUCAAGAACGGCGGGCCGCUCAAGCGGGAGCUCACCUCCCACACCGGCCCCACCUCCCUCGCGGUGUUUCUAGGCCCGCAUUACGUCGGCAGGGACAUGGUGAUCCAGUUCGAGGAGGGCGAGAGCUGGAAGAAGGUGCUGGGCCCCGUCUUCAUCUACCUCAACUCCGGCGACCACCCGAGCUGCAAGAGAGACCUCUGGGAGGACGCCAAGGCGCGGGCGCGAGCGGAGGUCAGCAGAUGGCCCUACACCUUCCCCGCGUCGCCGGACUUCGCAAAGGCGUGCGAGAGAGGCUCCGUCACGGGGAGGCUCUGGGUCAGAGACGACGUCGCCAACGCCAAGCAGCAGCAGCAACCUGCCGCCAUGGCCUACGUCGGGCUCGCCGCGCCUGGCCAACCAGGUUCCUGGGCCAGAGAGAGCAAGAGGUAUCAGUUCUGGACGAGGGCCACCUCCGACGGCCGCUUCAGCAUCGGCAACGUCCGGGGAGGAGUGUACAACCUCUACGCCUGGGUCCCCGGGGUCCUCGGCGACUACAUGCACGCCUCCUCCGUGACGGUGACGCCGGCGUGCGCCGUCAACGCCGGCGACCUCGUGUUCGAGCCCCCGAGGUCGGGCCCCACGCUGUGGGAGAUCGGCGUCCCGGACCGGUCGGCGGCGGAGUUACACGUCUCCGACCCGGACCCGAGGUACGCCAGCCGGCUCUUCCUCGCCAGGGACAGGUACAGGCAGUACGGCCUGUGGGAGAGGUACGCCGCCCUCUACCCCGACGGCGACCUCGUGUUCACCGUCGGCGAGAGCAACCACUCCAGGGACUGGUUCUUCGCGCACGUCACGAGGUACUUCUUCGGCACUGUCGUGCCGACGACGUGGCAGAUACGCUUCCACCUGGACGGCGUCGUGGCGGGCGGCACCUACACGCUGCGGAUCGCCCUCGCGGCGUCCCACAUGGCCAGCCUGCAGGUGCGGGUGAACGGCGGCGACGGCGCGCCGCCGUCGCCGGCGUUGCUUAUGGGCGACAACAACGCCAUCGCGCGGCACGGCAUACGCGGCACGGAGUGGAGCCUGGAUUUUGGUAUCGAGGGCCGCCUGCUCAACCAAGGGGACAACACCAUCCACAUCACCCAGGCGAGCGCCCUGAACCAGUUCGUCGGGGUCAUGUACGACUACAUUCGCCUCGAAGGCCCUUCCAUGUAGUGGCCCGUGACCUCUGCUAUACUACUACCUCCGUCCUACGAUAUAACUGUUUUUAGGUUU